AUGGCGGAUCGCCCCAAGCGCAACGCGCAGAAGCCGCAGCGCUUGAUCGAAGAGCUUUCAAAGGAUCGUGGCUCUGCAACUCCCAAGCCUGGAACCCCAAAGACAGCUCCGGCGAUCAAGCAGACCAAGAGAAAGAAAGCGACUGCAAAGGUAGACCUCUGGCAGGACCACCGACUUCAUGUCGGUGUGAGCGACGCGAAAGCGGAGAAGAAGAAAUCUGCCUUGGUCCUUGACAAGACGAAGGGCUUCAUGAAGUACCAGCGCGUCCUUCUCGAAGAGAAAGCGAAAGAAGAAGGAAUACCCGCUACCGAUCCUACCUGGAAACCCGGUUCGGGAGGCUCACGAGCAGUCGUGGAGUGGCAUACAACGCAUCUAAUAGCUCUUGUUCGCGUCUUCAUGGUCGUUUUCAUGGUCUCCUUCAUCGUCCAAUUCUGCAUCCAAUUCACGAUCUUGAAAACCCUCCUCCUCCCCGCCCUCCACAGACCAGCAAGCAGCGCCAUCACCAACAUCACCACCAUCAUCACAACCAACAACCGCAAGAAGACCGCCAAGAUGGGCCAAAACAACUCCAAAACCACCACAACCGCUGCUGCCGCUCCCCUCGCUGCCCCCGCUGCUGUCCUCGCCGCCCUCUCUCCGGGCCCCGUCACAGCCCCUCCCCGCGCCGUCGUCCGCCUGCUCCGCCCCGCGCAGCCCACCACCACGCCCCCAACCGUCGCGUACGCCUUCGGCGGGGGCUUCACGGCGCUCGACGCGGAGACGAGGCAGCCGGCGGACCGCACCAACGCGGAGUGCCGGGCGUGGGCCUCCGCGGCGGUGAUGGCGGCGAACAAGAGGGAGAUUUGGAAGGCGAAGUGGGAGACGUGGUACUGGUUAGAGCAUGGGGAUGAGGAGGCGGAGAGGCGAGAGCAGGAAGAGGAGAGGCGGGAGGGGGAGAGGAUGCGGAGGAUGAUUGAGACGCAUUGGCCGGAUAGAGGGGAGAGGAGAGGGGGGAAGGGCUGGUGGUGA